AUGGCGCCGGCUAAAGAUCACAGGCAAACCAAGGCCGCUCGAAAGCCCGUCGAGAACAAUCGAACUCUCAAACGGAAGCGCAAUGAGACAGAAUUAUCGACAAUCAAGCAACGAGUUGAAGAGCUCGAUCCCAAAGUUCGACUUGAGACCUUUUCCGAACUUCCACUCUCAGAUCCUACAACAUCAGGUCUUGCCGCUUCACAUUUCAAGUCCUUGACUGAUAUUCAAUCCCGAUCGAUUCCGUAUGCGUUGAAAGGACGAGAUAUUCUGGGUGCUGCGAAGACCGGGAGCGGAAAGACAUUGGCGUUUCUGAUCCCUGUUCUGGAAAACCUUUAUCGCAAGAGUUGGACGGAAUACGAUGGACUAGGCGCUAUUGUGCUAUCUCCCACUCGGGAGCUGGCGAUUCAGAUCUUUGAAGUUUUGAGAAAAGUCGGUCGCUACCAUACAUUCUCAGCGGGUUUGGUCAUUGGCGGGAAAAGUUUGAAGGAGGAACAAGAACGUCUCGGAAGGAUGAAUAUUCUUGUCUGCACUCCGGGACGAAUGCUUCAACAUCUCGAUCAAACGGCCGAACUUGACGUAUACAACCUUCAGAUGCUUGUCCUUGACGAGGCAGAUCGGAUCAUGGAUAUGGGAUUUCAACAAACCGUGGAUGCGAUCGUUGAGCAUUUGCCUAAAACACGCCAGACUUUGCUGUUUAGUGCAACUCAGACAAAGAAAGUUUCGGAUCUUGCGCGGUUGAGUCUGCAAGAUCCUGAGUACGUUGCGGUGCACGAAGCUGCAGCCAGCGCAACGCCGUCGACUCUACAGCAACAUUAUAUUAUAACGCCAUUGCCAGAAAAGCUAGACACAUUGUUUAGCUUUAUCAGAAGCAAUCUCAAGUCCAAAACGAUUGUUUUUAUGUCUUCCGGAAAGCAGGUUCGAUUUGUGUACGAAUCGCUACGGCAUCUUCAACCUGGUAUUCCACUACUACACCUUCACGGUCGUCAAAAACAAGGUGGACGUCUCGACAUUACAACCCGAUUCGCCAAUUCCAAAUACGCGGUCCUUUUUUCGACAGAUGUGGCAGCCCGAGGAUUGGAUUUCCCUGCUGUUGACUGGGUCGUUCAACUGGACUGUCCUGAAGAUGCGGAUACUUAUAUUCACCGUGUCGGGAGAACCGCUCGUUACGAGAGAAACGGACGCGCAGUGCUCUUCUUAGACCCGAGUGAAGAAGAAGGGAUGCUGAAACGUCUCGAGCAGAAGAAGGUACCCAUUGAACGAAUUAACGUCAAAGCAAAGAAACAGCAAAGCGUCAAGGAUCAGUUGCAGAACAUGUGCUUCAAGGACCCGGAGCUAAAGUACCUCGGCCAGAAAGCUUUCAUAUCGUACGUGAAAUCUAUCCAUGUGCAGAAAGAUAAAGAGGUCUUCAAGGUGAAAGACCUGGCUCUCGACGCUUUUGCAGCUAGUCUUGGUCUUCCUGGUGCUCCGCGAAUCAAAUUCAUCAAGGGAGAGGAUAGUAAAUUAGAAAAGAAUCAGCCCCGGGCCUUACGAUACAUGUCAAGCGAUGAUUCUGGUGAAGAGGGAGGCGAGAAGAAGACGAAGAAGAAAGAGGUUGUUCGUACCAAAUACGAUCGUAUGUUUGAGCGACGCAAUCAAGAUGUGUUGGCCGACCAUUAUUCGAAGCUCAUCAACGAUGAUGGUACGAUGGUUGACCAAAGUAAUGGUAUUAAUGGUGAUGCGGACGAGGAUGAGGAUUUCUUGUCUGUCAAGCGACGAUUUAAUGCGGGCGACGAUGCUCUUGGUGGUGAUGACUCGGAUGACUCGAGUUCGCCGGAUGUCCCAUUAGAUGAAGGUGGCAAGCCUAAAUUUGGAGGAGAGGUUAAAGUGGUCAAGCUUUCUGAUGCCGCGGAACCACUCAUCAUUGACUCCAAGCGCCGCGAGAAAUUGCUUCAAUCGAAGAAGAAGCUUCUCAAGUACAAGGGCAAUAGCACAAAACUCAUCUACGAUGAUGACGGGGUUGCGCACGAAGUUUACGAAUUGCAAGACGAAGACAAGUUCCGAGCUAGCGGAGAUGCACAAACCCAGCGAGCCAAGUUCUUGGAAACAGAAGCAGAGAGGAACCGGGUGGCGGAUAUUGAGGACAAGGAGCUCGCGAAACAGAAGAAACGAGAGAAAAAGGAAAAACGAAAGGCAAAGGAACGAGCAUUGGCCGAGGGAGAGGAUGGUGUUGCUGUUUUGGCUGGCGAUGAAGAAUUUGUUGAUCCGUUCCAGUCAGACGAUGGCAGUGAUGCUGAGUCUGUUGCUGAUGAGGCGGUGCCGAAACUCAGCAAACGCAUGAAACACGUUUCUGUUGAAGAGGAGGAAGAGGAUUCCCGCAAGAGUAAGCGGACUAAGAAAUCGCACAAGACGGAGGAGCCACUUGAAGUCAACACGUUGGAGGAUCUGGAGGCCUUGGCGACAGGACUUUUGGCAUAA